UGAACAGGAAGGAAGCAUUUUUAUUUUUAUUUUUUUCAGAGAGCAUGGAUCAUGGUCAUGAUAUGCCAGGCACGGGGGGCAUGGUUGCACCGCCCCCCAUGAACAAUACAGGAAUGAUGCACCGCCAUAAGAUGAUGAUGAUGCACAUGACAUUCUUUUGGGGCAAGAGUGCUGAAAUUCUCUUCUCGAGCUGGCCUGGAAGCUUUGAGAAGAGACCAUACAUGUAUUUUGCGGCUUUGCUAUUUGUGUUUGUGCUUUCGAUUCUUGUUGAGUGGCUAUCCCAUUGCCGAUUGGUCAAGCCUGGCUCCGGCCCUGUGGCGGCUGGUCUAGUCCAGACUCUGUUGCACGCUUUGCGGGUUGGUUUAGCCUAUAUGGUGAUGUUGGCUGUCAUGUCUUUCAAUGGUGGCGUGUUCUUGGUUGCUGUGGCAGGGCAAACUCUGGGGUUCUUCUUUUUUGGCAGUAGGGUUUUUAAAAAAACACAUCCUCCAACAGAAACCUCUGAUCUUCCUCCACUGAGUUGUUGAAUUAUAGGAAUUAGGUAUCUGGUUCUUAGAUUUGGCUUUGCAGUUCUCUCUAGUUAUAGUAAUGGUGGUGUGUUUUUCUUUUUCUUUUUUCUCUUUGAAAAUUUUAAGAAUAAUUGCUGUUAGAAGA